UUUCAAGGGAAAUGUUCAUUCAUUAGCUGUCGUUAUUAGACUACGGUCCCUCUAGAAGGUCUUCACGACUCAUUUUGCUAAUUUGCACUUUUGUAAAAUUGAUUUUAAUUUUAUCACUUUUGAUUUUCGCUUUCUCAUUUAAUUUUAAUUGUAUUGUCUAUUUACUAAGUUCAUCAUGCAACUUAUAAUUCGUGGAGAAAAAACCUUCGUGUUUGAAGGAGAUAACAUCGAUGAUUUACAAGAAUAUAUUGAAAAUGAAGAAGAUUUGCCUAUUGAAGAUCAAGUCCUUUUCUGUAAAGGUAGAAUAAUAGAUGAUUUCAACUGGACUGAAGUUGAAGACGGUGAUGAAAUUCAAGUAAAUGGACGUCUUCUUGGAGGUAAAGUACACGGAUCACUUGCUCGUGCAGGAAAAGUUAAAGGUCAAACACCAAAGGUAGAGAAACAAGAGAAGAAGAAAAAGAAGACCGGUCGUGCUAAGCGUCGUAUGUUGUACAACAAACGUUUUGUGAAUGUAGUGCAAGGCUUUGGAAAGAAACGAGGACCCAACACCAACCAAUAGAUAAUAAUUUUGAUUUUAUCUAAAUAUUUAUAUUAAAUCAGGCUACACAAGUUUGGAUACAUUCGACUCAAAGGAUAUUAUCAAUUGUAACUCAUAAACCAAUUUCCUGGAAAAACGCUGUUCUAAUAAAUUGAUAAUUCAACUCAAAAAAA